CAACAGGUAGAGUGUUGUGCGUGUGGAUAGGGCAGUGCCGUGCCACACGGAGCGAACAGUGUAAAGCUUGGCUAGUUCUACAUAGUGAGCCUCAGCUCCGCGGCUUCUUCUAAAGUUCCACACCGAGUCUCCGGAGUGUGCCCCUUGUGUGUGUGCCAGAGCGCCGCCCCGCUGUACAUGGCUGCCACUGUGCUGACCAUGAGUGCCAGGCUACAGCGCUUGGACGAGCCGGUCUUUACCCAACUGAAGCCAGUUCUGGGCCAGCAGCAUGUCCGAGGGGAGCCCAUUACGGGAGGGACACUGUUUGCAGAAGAAAUGAAGAGCUCCCGAAUGAUGCCCGAUGACAUGGUGCAGACUAGAUGCGAAAUGGAUAAAUAUCUUUCACCUCAUCAUCAUCAUCAUCAUCAUCAUCAACCUCCUCCCCCACCUCCUCAAGUUAACAUCAUGCAAGAUUUAAAAAAGUACAGGCGAGACAGUGCAUCAGGUGUUGAUCAGUUUUUUAAUGAGAGUGAUGGACUUCCUUACAGUAUAAACAUGAAUGUCUUCCUUCCUGAUAUCACUCACUUAAGAACAAGCCUGUAUAAGAGCCAGAGGCCACCCGUGACCCAUAUCAAGACAGAGCCCACUUCAGUAUUUAGCCACUCAAGUGAUGCUGAACCCACACAGAGUCUUCCUGAAUUCACCAGCAUCUUCAGUUCCCACCAAAACGCAGAUGUUAAUAACAUCUACAUCAAACAAGAGCUCCCUUCACCAGAGCUUCCGCUCUCUGUCAAUCCUCAGCAGGGCCAGUUAUACCAGCUUUUAAGUUCGCCAGACAUUGAUAUGUCUAACUCCACAAACCAACCCUCAGUUAUGGACACUAUUAAUAGUGCUUCCAUGGCCACAGACAUGUCUGCCUUUAAUACACUUUCUUCUCCAGUACAACAGACUGCAAUGAAACAAUUCCAGAGCAUCCCUCAGUGCUCAUAUGGCAUGCCUAGCCAAUUUCUGCACCAGCAAGAAGGAACCUACUUUCCACCUUCUCCUCCUAGCUCUGAACCAGGCAGCCCAGAUAGGCAAGCAGAGCUUCUCCAGAGUUUAAACCCUCCACCAUCUUAUGCAGCCACGAUAGCAUCCAAGAUGGCCAUUCACAAUCCACCCUUACCUGCACAGGUGCAAAUAACAGCCCCUGCUAUACAAUCUGUACGCUACAACCGUAGAAACAACCCAGAUCUGGAGAAAAGGCGCAUACAUUAUUGUGACUACCCUGGGUGCACAAAGGUGUAUACAAAGUCAUCCCAUUUAAAAGCCCACCUGAGAACACAUACUGGAGAGAAACCCUACAAGUGUACUUGGGAAGGCUGCGACUGGAGAUUUGCCCGCUCAGAUGAACUGACUCGUCAUUACAGAAAACAUACAGGGGCAAAACCCUUUCAGUGUGCCGUGUGUAACCGCAGUUUCUCCCGCUCUGACCACUUAGCCCUCCAUAUGAAAAGGCAUCAGAACUAAUCUGGACUCUUUGUCGAGGCUCCAUUACUAUGCAAUUUUCCAUUUACUGCAUCAGAACUGAAAGAUGCUGUAUAUAAUUACCAAACAGUGAGGUUGUUGCUGGACACUAAUUUGCCCUGGUAUGGACUUCAUGUACAAGGGCUUGGGAGGUGAGGCCCUUGAAGAAGCAUACAUGUGCAGUUUAUUUAUGAGGAACCUGGGAAGUCUUUUGAAUAUGAUUGCUCUUAACAAUUACAUUUUUUUUAAUCUUUACUAUAUUUUCAUUUUUUGUCCAAUUUACAGUACCAUGUAUUUACAUCUCAACACACAGGGUCUUUAUAAGUUGUUUAGUGGUGUUUUGACCAAAGCACUGUCUGUAUUCUAACAGUGUUUAGUAAAUAAAAGGGGGUUACAGAUGACUGCAUGCAAAGGACAAUCCAUAUUCCUAAAUCUUAAACAGAAACUAACUUGAAUACUUGAUUACUACAAUGGCAACGCUAAACAAGAUGCCUGUGAUCUCACGGGCUUUCUUCACUACAUAAUAAACUCCAGUGUACAUUUAAGAGCCAGCAGGUGCUCACAGACAAACAAAUACGCUGCAAAGGUCAUGUGUAGCUACUAUUAAAGGCUAACUAUUCUAACAUUUUCUUAUUUAAUGUUAAAAAAGACAAUAUGCACUGAUUUUCUGAAACUAAAAUGUAUUUAUGAAAAACAUUUUUAAAAUUCUCUUUUUUUAAAAAAAAAAAAAUAAGCUAAAUAAAAACUUUGGAGGUGAUAAAUGUUCAGUAAAAAUCACUUUUAAGCAAAGAAUUGUCAUGAGCGGUGGGAACAAUUACUGGCAACUCUCUCUUGCUGGAUCUUUUAUUCAUUUCUCUUAAUUUCAAUCAAACCGGUAUGCAGUGAUAAUCUAUAGUAGCACAUCAGCAUUUCCUCCAGAAUCACUCGCCCCACUGCACUGACCUUUUAUACUAAAAAUUAGCUUUAUUUUGUAUGUGUCUAUAUUUCCUGUGAGUUUUGGAAGACAAUUUGCACUUGUUACAUUUUUUGGGAGCAUCCCCUGCCUUCAGAAUGAAGGACUGUUACUGUUAUAUAUAGAACAUUAACUGAUUAGUAAACCAGAUCCAGUUUAUUUUGUACUUCCUCUAUAUUAAUGGACACGGUGAUUUUCAAAAAGAAAGUUACCAUGUGGUUUACUAACCUAUACUUCCUGUAUCCUAGGUAAUAACACAUAACUACACCAAAAGUUGAAAUGAAGGUUUGAUGUAUGAAAAACUU